AUGAUCAAAGGCGGCUACGGUGGUGGAGGCUAUUCCUUUAACUACUUUUUAGCUGAUGAUGAUUAUGGCGCUGGAAGUGGCGGCGGUCAAACCGCUGUCAAAUUUUUGUCAAAUGACCUUUGGCAUCGUGUUAUUGUUGCCGGUGCUGGAGGUGGUUCUGAUAAUAUCAAUCCAAUCGAUACAUAUAAUAGAAGAAAUGAUGGAUCAGGAGGAUCAGGAGGUGGCUUUACAGCACAAGGAUAUUGGGCAGAUGGGGUCUUAAACUCAGAAAAAUUAGCCAAUUCCACUUAUGGAUUUACAUUUGGAUCUGGCGAAUCAGCCCAAAAAGAAGGGUCGAAAAAUCCAAACGGAGUUACAAGUGGCAUUAAUGGAGUAGAUAAAUCAGGUUCCGGAAGCGGUUGGUUCGGUGGAUUUGCAGGUCAUAAUGGAGAUGGUGGAUCUGGGGGAGGAAGUUCGUGGGCACUCUCGAAGAAUGCAAUCAUCCCUCAAGGAAACAUUACAGCAACAGAUAGCUUUUACAACUUAAAUGAUAGUCGCCCAUAUUCAUUCAGUCUUGCCGAUGGAUAUCUCUUCAGUGAUGUCAAGACAUAUCCUGGCAUCUGGGAAGGCAACGGUCGUCUUGUCAUCACAAUUCUGGACAGCAUCAUCUAUCCUUCUUGUGUUUCUAUCAAUCGCUCACACUUUUCAUAUUUCCUUUUAUUUAUUUUAUUUUUCGAAACUCACUCAUAA